GAGGCGAAAUCACUCGUCGCCGUGUGCAUGGGAUACAUCACAGCGGACACGAACAUGUUCUACUUCUGUCAUGACAGCAAGUGGACCAUCUUCAGUGCCUCGAGUCUUCUCUUCGCGCGAGAAGUCUCGGUCUCAGUGUUCCGUACCAGUUUUCCGCGAGACGGCAUGUGAUGCAUCGUGGAAGAUGCGAGCGACGGCAUGAGGACACUGCCAGUGAGACUUUGCAAGAGCAACACGCUGUUUUUCAUGGUCGUAAUGGGAGCCAUUUUCGUUGCUUUGAAAACUAAAGGCUUGGUUAUAACUUGGUCUGGUGGCAUUCAGGUGAACCAGCGAUUAUUUCUGGGGGCUGUACUGAGGGUUGGCGUGACCAUGGGUGCUUAUGCCAAGAUAUUACAGUAUCCCAGAGGAAACUGUCUGGCUUGGGGCGCCAUGUCGUUGUUGGGACUUUACCGGCAGUGUGAGCGCAGUUGUCUUGGUGGCUGAUACGUAAAAAGAUAGUUCAUCAGGGGAGAUGACUCCAGCUUAUACAAAUCAAGACUCGCUCUCCCAGUGGGGAUAAGGCAUAUGAAGGUCGCGAGAUCAGAAAGGAUCUCCUUGUCGGAGCGCUCAUCGACUGGUUCCAUGGUUAUGGUAGCAUGGCGUUCAAAGGCGCUUUCAAUCGCGUAGGAGGGGGAUGCCUGACUUUAUAGUGCUGUGGCGUGGUGGGGUCAUUACUUCACAUCCAAGCCACGCCUGCAGUAGCGACUGAUUCUGUGAGCUACUACUUCAGUAGGCUAUGGAGAUGGCACCUUGUUACCUUGGCCGAAGUAUUCUCCGGCAGUGCCUAGGUUCAAUACAGACGCGAUGUUUUGUAGCAAUGAGUGACACGGCAGUGAAACAAUGAAGGCACCUGUUUAG